UAGACCUCUUUAUAUGCAUUGAAGAAUAGUUGCCGUACCUGUUUCUCCCUCCCUCCCUCCCUGACAAACCAUGGCGCAGCCAGCACCUUCCAGAAUCGUUGAAGUUUGCAGCGUUGCACCGCUUCAGGGAUCAGCCACCUCCACCACCACCCCAACCUCUCUGCCACUCACCUUCUUCGACCUUUUCUGGCUACGCUUUCCACCUGUUGAGCGUCUCUUCUUCUAUCACUUUCCACACUCAACCUCUUCCUUCUUUGACUCUGUUCUUCCCACCCUCAAACACUCCCUUUCAAUCACCCUGCAACACUUUCUCCCUCUCGCCGGCACCAUCACCUGGCCCCAUGAUUCCCCCAAACCCAUCAUCAACUAUCUCCCCGGCGACGCCGUCUCCUUCACCGUGGCUGAGUCCACCGCCAGCUUCAACAGCCUUUGUUCUGAUCUCUGUGAAGCUGCAGAACGAUACCACCUCAUACCCCAGUUGGCCACUUCCCAUGAAAAAGCCUCUCUGAUUUCCCUGCAAGUUACUCUAUUUCCAAACUCUGGCUUUUGCAUAGGACUAACCACCCACCAUGCUGCUUUGGAUGGAAGGACUUCAACUUCAUUCAUGAAAUCAUGGGCCUAUGUUUGCUCUAACCUUAAAGGAGAAAAAUCAUCAUCUUUGUUAUCAUCAUUACCUGAAGAUCUAACACCUUUCUUUGACAGAUCAGUGGUAAAAGACCCCACAGGAAUCACUGAAGUGUUCCAGGACGCAUUGUUGAAGAAAGAUGGACCGAAUAAUCGAAGCCUCAAGGUGAUGGAGUCCAUCAAAUCAACACAGACAGAUGCGGUUAAAGGUGUGUUUGAAUUGACCCCCUCACAUAUCCAGAAGCUUAAGCAAUAUGCACUUUCUAAGCUGGAAACGAAGGAUCGGUUAUCAAGUUUUGCUGUCACAUGUGCUUAUGUGUUGGCAUGCGCAGUCAAAGCAGAACAACCACAGGGAGAUACUGUAAUGAUGGUAUUUAGCGUGGAUUGUAGAUCCAGAUUGGACCCUCCAAUUGUGCCCAAUUAUUUUGGAAAUUGCAUUGGUGGCCAAAUGUUUGGGGUUAGGAUCAAGACCUUGCUAGAGAAAGACGGAUUUAUCAGUGCUUUGGAGGAGAUGAAUGAGGCUUUGAAUAGGGUGAAGGAUGGUGUGCUGAAGGGAGCAAAAGAGAUGGCUUCAAAUAUGGAGAAGCUCCCGGAAGGAAGGUUGUACUCUAUCGCUGGAUCGCCGCGGUUUGAGGUUUAUAGUAUUGAUUUUGGAUGGGGAAGACCAAAGAAGGUGGAUAUUACUUCCAUUGACAGAACAGGAGCAUUUUCUCUUUCAGAAAGUAGGAAUAACAAUGGAGGGAUUGAGAUUGGAAUGGUUUUGAAAAAACAUGAGAUGGAAGCUUUUGCUGCUAGUUUUGUCCAAGACCUUGAAUUCUUUUAAAACUUGAAACCUUGAGGGAAGCAGAAUAUAUAUCUUCACAGUUUUUACACCUUAUCCUGUCUGAAAUCACUCCAUUGUUUGUAACUUGUUUGAGCAUUUGUAGGGACUUUGCAUUUUCUAGUAGAAAAGCUCCAAUAAGCGUGUAUCCAAACUGGCUCAUAAGAAUUGCUAGCAUUAGCUUGUUAUCUGUCUUUCAAAUUUUGUAUCAUUGUUUGUAGUGUUAAAUAAUGCAAGCAUCUAGGGACUCUUCUCUGCCA